AUAAUAAUGCGCAAUAUUCUCCCAAAAAGGUUUGCGCUUCGUGAUGGUGGUGACUCAGUGGACUCACUCAUUCUGUUGAUGAGCAAAUUGUUGAUUUCUGGUUUUGUUUUGACUCGAUCGUUCGUUCGCCAGUCAGUGAACAGCUAUCAGCAGGUGUGUCUAUAGUUACAUUGCUUACCGACCCGGUUAGAACAUCAAGUCACUUGAGAAUAAAUGUCAUCGACGAGUGGCGGUAUUCAUUUUCAUUUGAAUAUUUGUGAGUUUUAACUAUGGAAGUGUCUUGUGAUCAAUCGAAUGGGCUGCGGCCAAAUGACAAUCCGCUAAGCAAAUUUUUGGUUGUGGAAUUUACAGACGAUAAUAUUUUCUACAACUCAAACACCGUUCCACAGAAUCCAAAUGCACAAGAUUUUUAUCAGCUGAAACAACAACUCCAGGCAAACAAAUCACUCUUUGAGGAUCCCGAUUUUCCCGCUUCCAAUCAUACCGUCCUGGGGCACGAUUCCCAGUCGAACAUCCAAUGGGUUCGACCGCCGGAAAUUAAUCCCAAACCGAAGUUCUUCUGCCAAGCUCCACCAGAGUACAGUAUCGAAAAACGAUCCGUAUUGCAUAGCUUCCUAUCGACAACACUUACCUGCCUCUCGACCAAUCAUGAAGCGCUGCUCAGAACCGUACCUUCCGAUAACUCAUUCGAGGGGAAGCUCUACAGGGGACUAUUUCACUUCCGAUUCUGGCAAUACGGUCGAUGGCUGGAUGUGGUGAUCGACGAUCGAUUGCCAACCAUGGACGGGAAGUUGCUUUUCAUCCGACCGACCACGCAGAACGAGUUCUGGUGCGCCCUGCUGGAGAAGGCUUACGCCAAGCUGUGCGGAUCGUACAGUGCCAUUGCAUCGAGAAAUCUCAUCGAAACUAUGCAGGACUUCACUGGGGGUAUAUCUGAGAGGUACUAUUUGGGAAGUGCGGUACCGGUUGCGGAUGCGUGCUAUGAAACCAUCAGUUGUAAGCUAGAGAAGGGAUCUCUCAUGGCGGCGAUCAAAAUGAACGAUAACCGAGGCUCCAGUAAGCAUUCCCAACACUCAUACUCUAUCCUGAAAGCAGUUACCAUUGAGAGCAAAAUGUUUGGUUUGCAAACGCCGGUGGAAGAGCUUAUCGAAAUGAACUAUCUGCGAAGUGGCACAAUGUCCCUACCAGCAGAUUGCUAUAGGAAAUCUUGGUUGCGUAUUGACGAGUUCAUCAAAAACUAUGACUUCGUGGACAUAUGCAACAUAUCUCCCAAUCAGAUGGGUCAGCCACUAAGCGAAGAUUAUAGCUGGCAAUUGUCGUGCAUAGAAGGAUCAUGGGUGUCUGGAUCUACAGCCGGAGGCUCUAAGGAUGACCUGAAAUCUUUCUGGACAAAUCCACAGUACUUGUUACAACUGACUCAUCCAGAUGAGAUAGACAACUCUGGUUCAUGCCACGUAGUCAUCUUACUGAUGCAGAAACUCCAUGAUACUGGCUAUCACCCAAUCAGCUUCGUUGUGUUCCAAAUACCCGACGAAGACUUUCGCACGAAAACCAUUCCGAUGUCGUACUCUAAGAAGAAACUACCGAAAAUCAUAGCGCAUCCAACGUUUUCCAACGCGCGCGAAGUCACGGGUCGAGUGCGAAUAUCUCCCAGUACUCUACUCAUAGUCCCAUGCACACAAAAACGGAACGUGGAGGGUGACUUCUUCCUCAGAAUUUACUCUAAACCGCAUCGAAAAGACGUUCAAGUUUCCAGUAUGCCCUGCACAAUGGGAACAAACUGGUCGUCGAUCGUACGAAUGUUCUACAGCUUUUCAGACACCUUAGGAACUAUUGAUCACGCAGCAUUAGCUUCCAUAUUGGACGCCCACUUCUUCACUUUCAAAUCUAAAUCCAAGCAUAAGAGCUCCCUUUGGAAGGCCCUAACGAGAAAACGCUCUAAACUCGAUGAUCCCAACAAGUCCAUCGAUGAAUCACGUGAAGAGUUCCUCCAGCAUCUGGCUCAAACGCUUGCUUCAGCGGGCCAAGCCACCGAUACAAUCCCAGAGCGAUUGAACUACGAUAAAUUCAAACGAAUCAUUCGGAACGUUCAGCACUGGAAAGAGAUGUUCGAUUUCUAUGAUCCAGACCGGAAGGGUUACGUUGACAGGAAGAAACUGAUCGUGCAGCUGAAAUCUUCUUCAGAUUCCGCGGAAACCACCAGUAGCCUCCUGCAGUGGUUGGAAAUGGAACAGGAUGAUAAGGUUCAUUUGGAAGAGUUUAUAUAUUACUCGCUGCAGAAUAAUCCUACUCAGGAGAUGAUGCAACUGGAAAUGAUGACUCUGCUAAGCAGUCAGAUGUUUACAAAGAUGGCGCGAUGAAAGUAUAACUAAGACUAUAAAGCUAUGUGACUUACUACAAUAAAUAACAUUCAAAUUAGGAUUAAAA